UGCCCAUAGCAAAACCUCCCGUGAAGUGAUGUUCAGAUACAAGCUUCUUGGAGUAUAUCAACAAUUCAAUCCCAACAAUCCCAUCGAAUUGCAGAAAAUAGAGGUUCAGAAAAUGCAAGUAACACCUCAAACUAUAGACAAUCAUCUAAAGAAGAUCUCGGUGAUUCAUAAUGAAGUUAACAACCAACUUGAAAAAUCAAGAAAGUACAUGCUUAAGCAUUCGAGUGUACACUGCCACAAAAAUCUUUAUAAGCCUGGACAAUCAGUUGCAAUUGCUUCUGAUACAGAUAUGAAUCCAACAACCAGGAAAUAUAAACUUCAAACUACAUUUAAAGAAACUGGAACGGUAGUUAGCAUGAUGAACAACAACAAGACCAUUGUUGUCGAAACAUCUGAAGGAAAUACUGUUCGUUGUUCUGUAAAGAGAGUUCAGCAGAUUAAAAAAAAAUAA